AUGGCUGAUGCUGGGGAUCCCACAGAAACCCCAUCCUCUGCAAAUGGCCCUUCCCAGGAGGGCUCCCGGCCGCUGCCCACUAGGGAGGGCCACGCUGUCUACCCGAAGCUCCGACCGGGCUACAUCGCCAUUCCCGUCCACCACGAGGGCAUGGACGGCCGGCAGCCUCGCCCACCCUUUGUCUGUUCCCAGCCUGGCACACAGCGAUUCCGCACCGAGGCGGCCACGGAGGCUCCUCAGAGGUCCCAGUCACCUCUGCGGGGUGUGGCAGAAGCCACCCAGCCAGAUAAACAGUGUGGACAGGCGGUGGCAACAGCCGCGGCGGCCCAGCCCCCAGCCCACAGACCUGAGCGAUCUCAGUCUCCAGCUGCUUCGGACUGCUCAUCCUCGUCCUCCUCGGCCAGCCUGCCCCCCUCCUCCGGCAGGAGUGGCCCCGGCGGCCACCAGCUCCCCCGGGGCUACAUCCCCAUCCCCGUGAUACACGAGCAGAAUGUCACCCGGCCGGCAGCCCAGCCUUCCUUCCACCAAGCCCAGAAGACCCACUACCCAGCUCAGCAGGGUGAAUACCAGACCUACCAGCCCGUGUACCACAGGGCCCCGGCGGAUGACUGGGAGCCCCGGCCAAUGCCGGCAGGGUCCCCAUUCCGGUCCCCCGCCCGGAGCACAUCCAGCCGGGAGGCCUCCCCGGCCAGAAGCAGCACCCCGGUGCACUGCCCUUCGCCUCACCGCGUGCACACCGUGGUUGACAGGCCUCAGCAGCCCAUGACUCAUCGAGAACCUUCACCUGUUCCUCAAACUGAAAACAAACCCGAAAGCAAGCCAGGCCCAGUUGGACCAGAUCUCCUUCCUGGACACAUCCCGAUUCAGGUGAUCCGCAAGGAGGCAGAUUCUCAGCCUGUUUCCCCGAAGCCCCCGCCCGCCUCUGAGAGGGUGGAAGUGAAGGUCCCCGCUGCUCCGGUCCCCCAUCCUCCCAGCCCCGCUCCUGCUGCUGUCCCCUCGUCCCCCAAGAAUGUGGCUGCAGAAGAGAGGGCAGCCCCCAGCCCCGCCCCUGCUGAGGCUGCACCUCCCAAAUCCGGAGAAGCUGAGGUGCCCCCAAAGCACCCAGGUGUGCUCAAGGUGGAGGCCAUCCUGCAAAACGUGCAGGGGCUCGAGCAGGCCGUGGACAACUUCGAAGGCAAGAAGACGGACAAAAAGUACCUGAUGAUAGAAGAGUAUCUGACCAAAGAGCUGCUGGCCCUGGAUUCGGUCGACCCCGAAGGACGAGCCGAUGUCCGUCAGGCCAGGAGAGAUGGCGUCCGCAAGGUUCAGACCAUCCUGGAAAAACUUGAACAGAAAGCAAUAGAUGUCCCGGGUCAAGUCCAGGUUUAUGAACUCCAGCCUAGCUCCCUUGAAAGCGAUCGGCCACUGCAGGAAAUCAUGGAGAUGGGUGCCAUGGCCACAGACAAGGCUAAGAAAACUGCUGGAAACGGAGGAGAUCCCCACACGGAAACCCAGCAGCCGCCGGAAGCCAAGGCGGCAGCGGCGGCAAACCCCGGCAGCACGACAGACACAGCCGGUGACCCCGCGGCGCCGUAGUCUCCACGAGAACACACAUCAGACCCGGGGACUGGGACCUGGUGGUGUGCGUUAGGGAAUUUUAAGUUGCAUGCAUUUCAGGGACUUCCAAUCCGUUUGUUUUUACUUUUCAUAGGCGCUUGGUACGCAGUAACCUGGGUGGAGGCCCAACACACUAAUUAAAGGGCUACAAGGAAAAUGAUGCUCUUCUGUAUUCUUACUCUGUACAAAUGCAGCAGUUGCCCGUUUCAGAACAUCCCCCCGUUGCUUGGUGUUGGGGCCCCAUCUGUGCGCGGGCAGCACGUGUGAGCCACGCUUGUCCUCCCCGUCUUCGUGCAGCUCUGCCUGAAGGAGGCGUCUGGCUGGUGGAUGGGCCACCGAUUUCCCACCACACAAACACGGAACCCAAUUUUCAGAGAUGUUGCCUCUUUAUUGGGAUGAUCCCCUUCAUCUCCUAGCUAAAAUACCUAACUUCAGAGAGAAUAAAAUGUGCGAGGAGCACAGGAGUAUCUGUAUGCUGGAUGACUUUAAUGCAACAUUAAACAAAACAGUAAAAUAAAGUAAUAAUCUAACUCAA